AUGAAAUGUAAACUAUCAAUUGAAUUAUUAGUAAAACACGAUUUUCUUCGCAAUAAUGAUAAAUGUACAUUUUGUUCAGAGUUUAUUGCAACGCAUUUUUAUCAAAAAGAAGUUGAAAAAGAAAUUAGCAAAUCAAACAUGCAUGUCCAAUAUGAUAAUAUCAAAAUAAAAGAUAAUGUAAAUUAUGAAUAUGAACGAUUGGCUAACGAGAAAAAAGAUAAAUCACUUUCACAACCGGACUUUAUGUAUUGCUCGAAUGUUUCUCCACCUUCUCUCUCGUCUAAUUCCAAUGCUUCUGAAAGUGUGAAGUCAUCUGCAUCAGCUGAAGCAUUAACUCGUGUUCAUUCAUCAACAGUAUGUCCAGAUUUCGAGACAGAUAAAAACAAUGGAUCUAUGACAAGAACACUUGAAGAUCAAGCAAUGCGAGCAGCGUCAGAAGAACAAAGUUUUCUUUGCAAAGAAUUCUUGAAGAAACAUUAUUGUUCUCAUACUGGAUCAAACAACUUUGAAGAACUAUAUGUUCGUAUAUUAUCUGUAAUCAAAGAAGAUAACAAUCGUGUUUAUUAUUUAAUGAAACAUGCUCGACAUUCAUGUUUUGGUUUAGUUAAAGUAACAAAAAAUGAUGAUCAAUUGUUGGCUUUAUUCAAAUUUUUAGAUGAUUUUCUACAAUGA